AUGAAUGUCCGAGACAUCUUUGAGCCGCGGGCGCUCGAAGCCAUCGCCGCUGGCCGCUGCGUCACGGACGGCCGGGCGACUCCUCCCAUCUACUCCAUCGGACCUCUGAUCAAGUCGGACGGGAGGGAGAAGGCCAACAGGGCGGAGUGCUUCGAGUGGCUCGACGUUCAGCCCCGACACAGCGUGGUCUUCCUUUGCUUCGGCAGCCUGGGCUUGUUCACAGCCGCGCAGCUGAAGGAGAUCGCCGCGGGUCUGGAGCGAAGCGGGCAGAGGUUCCUGUGGGUUGUGCGGAGCCCGCCGAGUAACGACCCGGCGAAGCGUUACGAGAGGCCGCCGGAGCCGGACCUGGACGCGCUACUGCCGGAAGGUUUCCUGGAGCGGACAAGGGAGAGGGGUCUGGUGGUGAAGUCAUGGGCUCCGCAGGUUGAGGUGCUGAGCCACGAUUCGGUGGGGGGGUUCGUGACCCACUGCGGGUGGAACUCGGUGCUGGAGGCGAUCGUCGCCGAGGUGCCGAUGGUGGGGUGGCCACUGUACGCAGAGCAGAAGAUGAACAAGGUGUUCCUGACGGAGGAGAUGCGGCUGGCGGUGGCGAUGGACGGAUACGAGGGGGAGCUGGUGUCCGCAGAGGAGGUGGAGGCCAAGGUUCGUUGGCUGAUGGAGUCGGAGGGGGGCCGACAGCUGAGGGAAAGGACGGCAGCAAUGAAGGAGAGAGCGGCGGAGGCGCUCAGAGAAGGCGGCUCGUCGCAUUCGGCGCUGGCGAAGUUGGUGGGCCAGUUGAAAGGCGAGGUGUGUGGCAGCUGA